ACUCACGGAGACCCAAAGUAGCAGCUGAGUCAAGCCCUCUCAAUUUUCCCGACCGAAAGGAACUGAAGAAAAGUGCGAGAAAGUGGAGAGAGAAAGUAAGAGAGAGAAUAACUGCAGCGCAAGCGAACUUGCCAACCAAGACUUAGCUUCGCAGCAAUUCUCCUCUGAUUCUUUUCUUUCUUGGGAAAGUGACUGAAACUGAAAGCCCUUGUGAUGGAGCGAGAGAGAAAUCAACGGUUUCUCGAUGAGGGGAUGUCUGAGGUGCCGAGAGAGACUCAGUUGUCAAUUGCAGCUUCGUCGAUGUUUCCAGGGUUUAGGUUUUCGCCGACUGAUGAGGAGUUGAUAUCUCAUUAUCUGAAGAAGAAGAUUCAAGGCUCUGAGAAAAGCGUUGAAGUUAUUGCUGAGGUUGAAAUCUGUAAAUACGAACCUUGGGACUUACCAGCCAAAUCUAUUAUUGAAUCGGAGAAUGAGUGGUUCUUCUUUUCUCCUCGUGGAAGGAAGUAUCCAAAUGGCUCUCAAAGUAAGAGGGCAACUGAAUAUGGUUACUGGAAAGCCACUGGGAAAGAGCGAAUUGUGAAGUCAGGUUCUACUUUGAUUGGUUCAAAACGAACUUUGGUGUUCCACAUAGGCCGUGCACCAAAAGGGGAGAGGACGGAAUGGAUAAUGCAUGAGUAUUGUAUGGAGGGGAAAUCUCAGGAUUCUCUGGUUGUUUGUCGGCUUCGAAAGAACACUGAAUUUCGAAUGAAUGGAUCUCAAAGGCGUUUGUCAACUAUGACUGGUCAUAACCAUGCCAUCUCUGAAGUUAAUAUUGACCAGACAAAUUUGUCUGAAAGAGAGCAGGGAAUUGAAUCUAGUUCAAAUAAGUGUAGCAGCAGUUAUGAUUCUUAUUCUAUUGGGCAAGUUGAUUCUACAUCUGAAUCUGAUCAGAAACCAUCAAAUGAGUUUACACAGCCGGAGUCUUCACACCAGCAGGUUAAACUAAUGGCAGGGUUGAAUGAAACUUCUAUUGGUUAAUCAACCAUACAUCUGAAUAUGGAAUAUGAUCCAUGUCUUUUAUAUUCCAGGACUGUGACAGGGCAGAUGAUUGUUUUGCUGAAAUAAUGAACGAUGAUAUCAUAAAGCUCGAUGAAACUUUUCUAGCUGAUAAUCCUCAACUCCUAUUUAUGAUUGCUGAUAAAACUGAGCUAGAGAGAGAAUCUGAACCACCAGAACCAGUUGACACAACUCAGGUACUUCCUUUUCAGGGGACAGCAAAUAGAAGAAUCAGAUUGAAGAAGCAAGGUCCAAGAAGGAUAAGUUACCCGGCAGAGUAUAUGAGCAUUGAGCCACCAAAAUAUCUAAUGAAGACUCUGGUUAAUCGGCUCAUAUAUUUGCUUGUGAUUAUCCUGACAUUGUUGGUUUUGUUUUCGUCGUUGGGAGGAUCAGGAUGGGUUAAAAAGGUCAUUCACACCACCAUGUACCAUGACUUUUGACUCUAAAUGUUAAUACUAGAUGUGUAUGCUUUCUUUUCUCUCUA